AUGGCUUUUGUCAUCCAACUUGCCUCGGCUGGUGGUGAGGGAUCACUUCGUCAACAAGAAUGUGCUGGUGCAUGUACUUAUCGAUGUUCUGAGACUUCUCACAAGAAGCCAUGUUUGUUCUAUUGCAACAAAUGUUGUAACAAAUGUUUGUGUGUCCCAUCUGGAACUUAUGGUAACAAGGAAGAGUGUCCAUGCUAUAACAACUGGAAAACUCAAGAAGGAAAACCAAAAUGUCCCUAAAUAUGAUGUUAACCCGUAAUUAGCGUACCAGCCAGAAGUUUAAGAAGGAAAACCCUAAUAAGUACUUUGAUUUUAUUUUUCUUGAUAAAAGAAGUUACUUCAAUAUUAAUUUGUUAUGCAAUUUAAUUUACAUUGUAACGAUUUUUCUAGCUUCAUCAGUAUUCAGUACUACUAGUUA